CCACUUUCUCUUGGGCAGGCUUUGCUUUUGUUAAUGAAUUUUGCUUCUGGUUCUCGAAUUCCUCCUGGUUUACUGAGUUUGUCCUUGUAGAUCUGUUUUUGAUUCUGUGUUCUUCAUUUUGUAUGCUAGGAUUCGUUACACCGUUGUAUUUUCAAAGUGCCUAAUCAUUUACGGAAGAUAAAUGAAAAGGCCUAUGAACCUCAAGUGAUCUCCAUUGGCCCUUACCACCGUGGUAAAGAUCACUUGAAGGCAAUGGAAGUGCACAAAAAGCAUUAUCUACAAAUGCUCCUUAACCGAAUGAAAGAAAAUACUACGGAGAAAUAUGUGAAGGCCUUGGAAGAUCUUAAAGAAAAAGCUCUCAAAUUUUAUGCGGAACCCCCGGAUCAGAAGGAUGGAGGAGAUCAAUUUGUAGAGACGAUGCUCUUUGAUGGAUGCUUUGUUGUUGAACUUAUCCGUAAGAGUGCCAUGAAGGAAUUGACAGAAGACAACGGCCAUCUUCUUACACAUUUUAUUUUGAGAACAGUAAUGCGGGAUAUGUUGCUAAUUGAAAAUCAACUUCCUUUCUUUAUACUCAUGGAGUUGUUUGACAUGACUAAGAUGCCAAAUGAAGCAGAUCAGAACUUCAUGCAUAUGGCUAUUAAUUGCUUCUCCAUAAUGAUGCCAGGACCUUGUAAUAAAAAAAUUGAGAAUCACCCAGGCAUCGAGCAUCUACUGGGCUUACUACAUGAGAGCUGCGUUUCACCUGAUUACGGGGGAUCUUCAGAAGAAGUAAGGCGUUUGCCCUGUGAGUCACUUGAUGAGAAAGUAAACCCUCUGUCCUUUUCAUCAAAGGUUUCACCACCUGAGUCACCGGAAGGAGUAAGGCUUCGUUCACCUAAGGCAAUGGCUGUUGCCUGUUCUGCUAAAUCAGUAAGUUCUUCAACAACUAAGCCAUCAGAGAUUGUAAGGUCUCUUUCCUCUGACGCACUUCUUAUGAAUCGCAAUCUUAGCGGUUCGGAGUCAGCAAGAUCUGCGAAAUCCAAGUCACAACUACUGUCUCUGAAAAAUCACUACUUACAGAAGUGUUCAGCAUCGUUUGUAAGAUUUUCUCCAACCAAGACAUCAGAGGAAGAAAAGUCUCUGCUCUCUAACACAGCUCUUAUAACUCCCCAGCUUUCAGAGAUCGAAGCAGGGUCAGUAAGUUUUGAGGUAUCCAAGACGUCAGGGGGAGUAAACUCUCGGCCCUCCGAUACAAUUCUUACGAACAUCCACCAUUCAGGGAUGGGAGCAGAAUCGGAGAGUUUCGUGGCCUGCGAGUCUUCAGUAGGGGCUGUUGAAGAUUUACGGACAGCAAAGUCAGAACGUCAUGAAGAAAAAAAUUGCAAUUGGCAAACAAUAGGUUCUGCAUCAGAGCUUCAUGAGGCAGGGAUCAAGUUUCAAAAGAUCGAGGGUAGAUUGUUUGAUAUAAAUUUUGAAAAGGGGGUAAUGUCAAUUCCAACCUUAAAAAUUGUUGAUUAUACAGAAUCUAUCCUUCGAAAUUUAGUUGCUUAUGAACAGUGCUACAUGGACAUAUCUUCAAGACACUUCAUAGAUUAUAUUAGAUUCAUGGAUUGCCUCAUCAACACAGGGAAGGAUGUUGAAUUACUCCGUUACCAUGAAGUCAUUGAAAAUAGGUUAGGUGAUAAUGAAGUGAUUGCUGACAUAUUUAACAGAAUCUGUGAUUCCGUUUUGAUUGCCGAAGAGGACUUCUUGUAUGCCGACUUAUUUGUCAAAGUGCACAAACAUUGCAAAAGAAAGUGGAACCUGUGGAAGGCAAAUUUAUGGCACAAUUACUUCAACACCCCAUGGGCAUUGAUUUCCUUUCUUGCUGCGGUUUUCUUGCUUCUACUUACUGCGAUGCAAAGUACAUAUUCAGCUCUCACUUACCAUCAUCCGCAGGAUGGUAUAGCUCCUCAGGAUGGUAUUGCUCCUUUCUAGAUAAUAGAGGCAGGAAUAUGGUGGGGGAAUCAAGAGUGAAAGUCGCGUUCCAUUUAUCUAUAUGGUUAUAUGUUAUUUUUUUUUCUGUUGCAAUGUUUUGUAAUAAAUGAAAAUAGAAGUU